AGAUGCGGACGCGCCUUUACUGUAACGGUUGAAUCACAGUCCAACAAGAGACGAGACGAGACGAGACCAGACGAGAGUCAUAUCGCUGGAGACUUUCUUUGCUGGGACACGGUUGCGCUGAACCCUCUCGAGAUGCCUUUUCAUCUAAUUGAAUUUCAAGCAAGCGAGGAGAUUGCUGUUGUGCCAAUUGACUGGUAUGAUGACGGGAUGGUGUACUGGCCCAACUUUAAGAGCACUGAACGUGUGAAAAGGGCAGCUGCUAACGAGGAGAAGCAUGAGCCAAACUGGCCAAGAUAUGACGUAAAGGUCGUCAGAACUUGUGACAACUACAAAGACGCCGUUGGGCUUAUGAAUCAAUAUCAGACCGGCUGCAACACCUCUGAGCUACAGUCUGAUGCAGAGCAGGAGGGUGAGCUGCCAGAGAAAAGAGUCAGGAAGCCAGUCCAUCGUUUUGGGGACUCCGCUGAGAGUGAAGAAGAGCCAGAAAAUGGUGACUUUGCAUCUCUGAGGUCGUCACGACCUUUCAAUUUGCCUGGUGUAUCAGCUGAAGCCUCAAGCUCAAGCCAAUUGCACUGGCAGACUCCACCAUCUCGCCGAGUGCCAGGCAGCAGAGUAACUACUCCUCAACCUGGAGAAAACUGUCUAGCACCUGACCAUGGGGCAGGACAGCAACACCCUUCACCACCUCAACUACCUGCACCUGCAUUUAACAUGCGGAGAGUUACUCAAGGAACGGCAGGCCCUCCACAACUCCCUCCACCCCCCGCACCAGCCCUCAACAUGCGGCGAACAGAGGAGCCCUGUUCAAGCCUGACCUACAGACCAACAUGGCGAGGGGGAAGAAUGACCGAUACCAUUCCCUGCUCUGCGGCUGAGGUCCACAUCCUUAGCCUGCUGGAAACCAUUAAACAGCAACAAGACCAGCUUGUGGCAAGGGUGAACUACCUCAGCAGCAGGCUGAACAGCACCCCGGGGCCAGAUGUUGAGAUGCCCGACAAUAUCCAUUUCCCCCUGGAACAUUUGGAGGCAGUGGAGGCAUUUGAAAUGUUUUUAAAGGAACCGUCAAAUGGCCCAGCUCGACAGAGAGUGAUUUCUUCUUUAGCCACCAUUGGAGGCCAGGAUGUGAAGAGGGUGACCUGGAACAUCCUGGGCAGGCUCUUCACAGAUGAGGUGUCUCCUCAGAUAAACUGGAAGGGUGUUAAUAACAAAAGCCCUUCAGUAGGAUGGCAACGAAGACCUUGCUUUUCAGUGCUGUGAGGAAAAACACGGUGACACGGUCAGCCACGGACGCGGAGGUCACCAAGCACGCAAUCAGGUGGUUCAACCUGGCGGGGGAUCGGGCAACGAGGAGACGUGUCCCGCCUCCAUCCACACAAACGGAGUAAUAGGAGAAAUAAGCAAUAAACAACCUUUUUAUUGAACUUCUUGUCGUUCACCAGUUAUUAAUUUUCUGAUAUUUUAGCUGUGCAUAGCGCAGCAUUUCAUUGAAGUUGUAGCCUAAUAGAUAAAAUAUUUUAUGUUUGCACUGACCUAGGCCUAUAAAGCACUAAAUUAGGUUUUGACCACAAAAUGAAUGUAGAGUAGCCUCGCCAACGUAGGCUACUUAAAAACAGAAUAGGCUAUAACCUAUAACUUUCCAUAAAUUUAAACAUCAAUUUUAUAUUUCUAUUGAGUAGUGAUUACUUUUGUACAGUAAACUGAUGUCUUGACUUGAACCUUUUCUGUUAGGCCUAUUUACAAUAUUGUUAGGUUAAAAAUACAAGGCAAUGCAGAUUUAAGCUUAGGCCUAUAUUGCUGUAGUAACCUAGGCGUAGUGAUGGUUUUAGUUUUAUCCUACAGCAAGAACAAAAGGGAUUUUGAAAAUGAGAUGAACGGGUCCAAAACGGAUCCGGGCCAGAUGAGCCAGGAUUUUUUUUAUGAGUCCGUUGCGGGUCCGCGGCAGAUGUAUGUAUUACU